GGUUCCAUUUUGACAGAGAAGAAAAAACUUUCAACGUUCAGCUUUAUGCAUCGGUGUUUUUGUCGAUUUUUAGUCAUUUUAAUUAUCCCUCUCAAGGAAUUCUGGAUUAUUUUAGUUUUUAAUGAGAAAACGGUCCCGCGGUAGUGGCGGCAACAAAAUGGACAUGAAAACCGAGCUGGACUUAAGCGGUAAAUUAAUUAUUAAAGUUCAAUUGGGCGACGACAUCAGGCGAAUUCCCAUCCAUAACGAGGCGAUCACUUACGAUGAAUUAGUUUUAAUGAUGCAGAGGGUGUUUCGCGGCAAAUUAACCGCCAACGACGACAUCACCCUUAAAUAUAAAGAUGAAGAUGGUGAUCUUGUCACGAUCUUUGACAGCACAGAUUUGUCGUUCGCCAUCCAAUGCAGUCGCAUACUGAAGCUUCAAGUAUUAUUAAAUUCAGAGAUUAAACAUGACUCUGCUGGCAGCAUUAAUCAGACUGAAGUGACAAAUUUAAAAAACCAGCUGAGGAGUAUCCGUGAUCAGGUCAACAAAUUGCUGGAUUCAUUGGAUACCGCAGGCCAUGUCAAGUCGGCCCAUAAUCAGCAUGACUCCUCCGAAUCGGGCGCCGAGACGACGCAGUCUUCGGCCCCCUUAAAUAAAGUAAACUCGAGUGAAUUUGAUCCCUUGCAAGAAAAAACCCAGAAAAACGGGACGGAAGAGCAGAAGGAACCUUCAAAACCAUCAACGCCCCAAAUCAGCAACGAAGGCACGAAUUCGCGUCCGCAAUCGACUUCCAUGGUACCCCAGCCGAAUCAGGCGGCGCCCCAGCCGCAGCCGACGGCCGCGACGUCCGCUUCGAACCCGCACGGGAUGCCCGACUAUUUUGGCAGGUCCGGGUUGGGCAUGCAGUACGGUUCAUUGCCAUACCCCCAGCAGUACAAUUUCCAGUCAACUGGGUAUGUUCCGAUACGGUCCCCAAGUGAUGGACAGUUCCCAAGUUCCAAGUUCAAACGCGUAUACAAGCCCACCCCAAGGUAGCAUACCGUAUCCAACGCCGCAACAGUAUGGCAGCAUAGUCUAUCCCCCAUCGGGUCAGGGGAAUCCCUAUUCUAAGGGUUUCACCCAGGCAAACCCUCAGCAGCACGCAUAUAUGCCGCCGCGUCAAUAAAUAAUUUAAGUUUUUUCAUUUAGUUGAUUUUAAUGAUUCCAUGCGAUGAUUAAUUGAUAUUAUGACUAUUUGUUACUUUAAAAUUAUUAUUGUAUUAUUUGCCUUCAUAUCAACUGUAACUGAUUACUUUGUAGUUACUAAGCAAUAAAAUUUUAUGGU